CAACCUUGGCAAGGCGUACUUUUGAGAAUAAUUAAAUGUGGCCAAGAAUUAAACUUAAACUGAGAAAACUUUUUCAUCUUAUUAGGAACGAUAAACUCGAUGACUGGUUUAAAUUUACAAACAGGCCUAGGUGUUUGGAAACACGAUGUUUAAUAAUAUAUCAAAUAAGAAAAAUAAGUCCAGAAAAGAUUUCUUGCAAAAAGAAUUAGAGUUUUAUACAAAUUUGCUUGCUCAACAUGAAAAAAAAGAAAAAAAUUUGCCUUGCACAUCAACUUUUUUCAUACAACGACCAACAUGUUCUUCCAAACCAAUGUUCACUUUUAAUAAAGUGAGUGACUUGAAGAAUACGAAAGAGAAAAAUCCUUUAAUCCAGACAACUGUUAUUCACAAUUCAUCAUCGAAAAUGACAGUUUCUAAACACCAUUUGAAAAAAGUCAUGAAUGGUUCACAGCUUGAUAAAAGCAAUUCCUCUUCCAUAAUCUAUAAUACUAAAAAAUUAGCUUUAAGUAAUGCAGGAGUUACUACUAAGUUAUUAAUGAACCAAGAAGCUUCUAAAAAGUCAAAAACUUUGAUGGGAGAAAUCAAAGCUGUUACGGAACAGCUAAAAUCCAGAAAUUCCUCUAGGUUUAAAAAAAUAAACAGCUUGGCCAAAGUGGAAGGAAAAAAAGAUUUGCAAAAUAUAAAACAAAGUUCAAUUAAAAUUAAUUCCUAUUCAAAUUUUAAUAAAGUUGUUUCAAGUAUGGGAAAUGUUCCUAAGCUAGUAUAUACUGAAAACAAUGCCCAUCGUCAGAAAGGCAACUUAAAAUCGCAUACAGUUUUGUUAGAAAAAAUGAAUGCUGUUAAGAACUUAUUAAAUGCUACUACAAAAAAUUCAGCCAAUGUAUUGAAUAAAGCUAAAAAGAAUCUCCUAGAAAACAAGACUAAAUUGAACUAUAAUAAUUGCAGGCAAAAAUUUGUUAAGUCUUCGAAUCUAUCUGCUUCACAAUGUAAAAAUUUGAGCCGCCCUGUGGACAAAGUUCUUCAGAAACAAGAUUUUAGGUUGAACAGAGCCUCAAAUAAGUUUUCAGUUCAAAAAAGUCUUGUUAACCAAAUGUCCAAAGAAAGUAUUAAAACACAGUACAAAGUUGUAAAUAAAGGACUAUCGCCUAGUCGUAAUGUGGCCUUGCAAACGCAUAUCAGUUCAACUGUACUAAAGAGUUGCAGACUAGGGAACACUCCCAGGAGUUGUUCAAAGAGAAUAUUUGUCAAAAGUGUUCAAAACAGUUUUUCUCCGCCGAAAAAAACACCAAAUAAAGUUUGUAAAAAAUAUAGUCCACACUUCUAUAGAUCAGCUGUUAAACACAGACAAAAUCCAACUUUAAAUAAAUCUUAUAAACUUUCUAAAAGUUUGUUAGAGAAUGUUGUGAAGUCUCCAAAUAGUUCUACUGGCGUUGAUGUCGACUUAUUGUUAGAACUUGCGGCCGAAAACAAAAAGAAGCUCUCCAAGUCCAGAAAAAGAUUGUACAAAAGUAAAAACAGGCUUAUAAAUUCAUAUUCUGUUCAAGGUAGAACGGUCAAAAUGAUAAAAGCCAAGUAUUUCAACCCAUACAAAAAGUUUGCUGAUUCGAAGUAUACAAAUAAAAGUUUCAAAGGAUAUAGAAGUGAUUCCAACAUUUCAAAGAGCGGUGAGAGGUAAGUUUACUAAAAUGCAUUUCAUAUUUAUAAUUAUUUAACAAACA